AUGAAUAACCAGAAUCCGUUUGCCAACAUUGGAACUCCAAGUUUUAACUUGUCUCAGAUUCCACAGCACAUCUUGCAGAGUUUGACUCCAAUGCAAUUGCAGAUGAUUCAACAAAGGCAUCGUCAGUUGUUGUUAGAACAGCAACAGCAACAGCAACAACAACAACAACAACAACAACAGCAGCAGCAGCAGCAGCAGCCACAGCAACAACAACAACAACAACAACAACAACAACAGCAGCAGCAGCAGCAGCAGCAGCAGCGCCUACGACCACAGCAACAGCAACAGCAGCACCUACGACCACAGCAACAGCAACAGCAGCACCUACGACCACAGCAGCAGCAACAGCAGCACCUACAACCGCAGCAGGUACUGUCAGCUCACCAACAAAUGGGUGCGCCGACUAUCAACUUGCCACCUCAGAUUGCACAGCUACCACCCCACCUCCAAUUGCAAUGGCUAAAUAAUUUAAAACAACAAGCGAUUGCAAAGAAUAAUUCUAAUGAUGUUGCCAUGCUCACACAGUUACAACAACAAGUACAGGUUAGCAUUCAGCAACAACUUCAACAAGCGUCGCAUCCAGUUCAAGGUCAAUAUUCUGAUAUAGGCCCUAAAGAAGUUGCGGGCUCACAGGUGCCAAUGCAACUACCGCCACAGAUGGUAGGACAAAUGGCAGCUCAACAGAACCCUCAGGUGGCAGUUGGUUCAAUGGCCACUCAAAAUCGCGGCCCACAACCUAUGUCACAUUCAAUUCCUGCAGCCAUGUCAAUCCCUCAACCAGCACAACCCCCUGAACCUGAGUUGCCUAAAUUCCAAACACUAUACGAAGACCCUAAGGAGGCUACAUUGACAACGUCCGACGCAUGGUCCUUAAUAAUGAAGGCUCAAGGUUUGGAACCGCCCUCAGAUUUGCUUUUGUAUGAGCAGAUCAUCUCUCGUGACCAGUUGAAUUCGUUACAACUAGUCAAGGAACGAUCUGGGUAUGAGCCAAUGAGUAAGUUUGGGUUUAGUAAUAAAGAAUAUCUAACGAGGUUGGUUCAAGACUUGAACUACUACAAAGAGCUCAAGAAUACAAGAAUGAAGUCGAUUACCAACACCUCUCAAGGAAUUGUAUCGAAAAGUAUUUGGGGGGACGGUUACUCUGGAUAUGGAAAUGGUGUGACCAAUACUGUGACCAGUGUUGUUGUUGGUGGUGAAAGAAGUGGAGAAUAUAUAUCACUCAAUGACGUAUAUGAUGCGGUGAUGCAACAUAAUGUAGAGGAGUUGGUUCCCAUCAGAUUGGAAUUCGAUACUGAAAGGGACAAAUUCUCUUUGAGGGACACAUUCAUUUGGAAUAAAAAUGAAAAGCUUGUAAAAUUGGACGAAUUUGUAACUCGUAUGCUAGAAGACUAUAGAUUUGCACAACCAUCAUUAUUCAGGGAAACGGUCAUGAACAGCAUAAAAGAGCAACUAAAUGAAUUCCAACCGGACCCAUUCGGUUACGGAAAACGAGCAAAUAGAAUAGGUGGCGAUGAUCUAAGGAUUAAAAUUCGCUUAGAUAUUGUCGUCGGUCAAAACGAACUUUUUGAUACCAUCGAGUGGGAUGUAUCUAACCCAGAUAAUGACCCAGAGGAAUUCGCUCAAGUAAUGUGUGAAGAACUUCAGCUACCUGGAGAAUUUGUCACCGCAAUUGCCCAUUCCAUCAGAGAGCAAGUCCAUAUAUACCAUAAAGCCCUAUAUCUUGUUGGUUAUAAGUUUGACGGCUCGUUUGUAGAAGACGAUGAAAUCAGAUCACGUCUUCUCCCAGUCAUUACUCUUGAUGACGUUUAUCGUUCUUCUACUGAUUCCAAGAUGUAUACCCCCAAUAUCUUACAAAUAUCUGCACCUGAACUUGAACGUCUUGAUAAAGAUAAAGAUCGUGAUGCAAGACGCAAACGCAGACAAGGCCGUUUCAAUAGGCGCGGCGCUGCAACUUUUGCCGAUGCUUCCAUGCCUGACCUCGGUGACAUACCAAAAACCUUCCGAAUCCCUGUUCCCUCCACUGUUCUCCCCGGUGGUAUAGACCUUGGUCCGCCGGUCUCGUCAUAUACCCUCGUGACAACCACCACCAACAUCCCAAGACCUCCAAAGCCAGAGCCAGUUGAAUCUCCAUGUCGCAUUAUCACCCACGAUAGAGGCAAGAGCUUGUUAAUUAGAAUCAAAACCUCUGCAAAGGCCAUCUCCACUAUACCACAAUACCCUUCCACUGCUCAAAAAGCUCCUUCCUCCAGCACCUGCCCACCGACGGUAAACCUCCCUUCUUUAAACGCCGCAUAUCCUGAGCAUUCCUCAUCUGCUGUUACAGCUCCUACCGCUACAGCCCCUCUGCCCCCAAACACAUUCUUCAAACCCGAAUCUUCUACAAAAAACACAACUGCAAACCCAUCCCAGCUCUCCAAUUGCCCCUCCACUGACCACCUAGUAGCUUCUAACAGUGAAAACCCUUCAUCAACUCAACAUCCAUCUCAAACUGCUCCUGUCAACCAUCUUAAUUAA